CCUUGCUAAGAUGCAGAGAACAGAGAAACAGGGCCCAGGGGUUUCUUCAAUCUUUGAGGAAGGGGGAAGAGUCGACUGGAGCAAGCAGCAGCUGUGUGGGUGUGCGAGAGAGAUGGCACUCGCAGGAGCAGCAGAAGCGCAAAGGAGACAAGGAGGGAGACCCCUGGGUCCACCUCCAAGAGGCCAUCCCGCUUUUCUUCGCCCUCGUUUCGAGCCCGUCGAUCGCGAAAAGACUUGCCCGUUGUUGCUUCGAGUUUUCACCAAGAUUGGGGGUCAUCAUAAUGAUGAAGAAUUUGCUGUGAGAGGCAAGGUGCCCAAGGAUGAGGUUCAAAUUUAUACCUGGAAGGAUGCUACUCUUCGUGAGUUAACCGAUCUGGUCAAAGAGGUAGCUCCAGCUGCAAGGAGAAAAAAUGCAAAACUAUCAUUUGCUUUUGUAUAUCCUGAUAAAAAUGGUCGUUUUAAAGUGAAGGAGGUGGGGAUGGCCUAUUCAUUUGGAAACGGAAGACUGGAUGACAGCAAGACAUUGACUGGACUUCACUUUCAGAUUGGAGAUUACUUGGAUGUGGCUAUUCUGUAGAGAAGCUCUCCCCUUUGGAUGCAUUUUUCCGGGUGCUUGUAGUCAGGUUGUCUUGGGAGGUCUUUUAACAUUGUUUACGUGAUUUUUUACCUGAGUUCAUGUCUCCUCGUGCAUAGACAAGUUAGCUAGUGUCUAAUUAGCAUAAUGUGGACGUAGAUAUGUAGCAGCUGUCUAGGUUUUUUUGCUAAAUAAACUUUCAUAUAACAUCGGAACAUAACAACAUACAUAUCAUGGUGGGGUUAGAGACCUCCCACUUGAUGAGGUGUUUGGGUAUUACUUUUA